AUGGUUCAAAUAAUAAGCAAGUUGAGUAAAUUCUACGCUGAAGCUAUAGGCAGCAAAAACACCUUCAGAGUUACAGCCAUUUUGCCGGAUGGUACCCUCAGAAAGCUUGAGGGAGAAAAUGGGAUGACAGUUCGAGAUCUUGUAUCGAAUAGCUUCUCAGAAUACCAAAUAGAGGGGGACACGCGUAUCAAAAUGGCCGACAACAAUGCCGAAGUUGACCCUGAUGCUGAUGCGGAAGAUUUAGCAGAUGGAGUUAUCAUGAUUGAAGCACCAUAUUGUGAUAAUGACGUGUUUGAUGAUGCAGAUGGGCGUCUGAGGAUUGCUAAAAGAUUCCUAGCGGCUGAGAAAAGAUAUCUUGAGACUAUUCGUACAAUCAGUGAGAUAUACGCUGAACCUUUAAGGAAGUUUUCAUCGCUAGGAAAGGAAGACCACAAGAUAUUAUUUGGUAGCAUGGAACCUGUUUUGUCAGUCUCGUCUACACUAUGCUCAAAGGGUAUGGACUUGUUCAAGGUAAAGUGGCUUGUUGCAUACACUCUAUUGGGAAAUAAGCUAUUAAUAGAUGGCAUUCUAGUUCCGGCAUAA